AUGACUGAUGAUCAAGUAUGCUGUAUGGUCUGGAUAAAUGGAUUACGAGAUAACACUUACUCCGACAUCCGAACAAAGGCUCUCCAAGUUAUGGAAGCGAAACCAGAAUGUACACUGUUAGAAUUGGAGCAGAAUAUCAAACGGCUUCUGGAUGUGCGAGCUGACUCCAAAAGCGUAUGCAAACUGGAACCAAAGUCAUCAGAGAUCAACGCCAUAAGCACAAAGGAAACCAAGAGGGAUAAACCGCAGAAGGCUCCACCGUCACCAUGCUACAAAUGCGGCGGUAAUCACUGGGCAAAGGAGUGCCAAAAGCAGGUCACAUGUCAUCUAUGUAAAAAAGAUGGUCAUAUCGCAAAAUUUUGCAGAACCAAAAAGCGAGAAACAGAUCAAAAAGGCAAAAACAACAGGAUCAAGUCGGUGAUGGUUAGAAGCGCAUCCACUUUCGAACCAUCUCGUAUCUACCGUAUCGUCACAAUCAAUGGAACAAAGAUCCAGAUGCAGAUGGAUACGGGAGCCGACGUCACUUUGAUCAGUACAAAAGACUGGAAUCGACUGGGUCGCCCUCAACUACAAGCACCCACAAUCCAAGUCAAAUCAGCAAAUCAUCAACCGAUAAAGGUCAGAGGAUCUUUCCAAUGCAAUUUCGUCAUAAACGGAAACGUUGCUUCGGGACAAGCACAUGUCGCCGAAACGGGUACACUCCUCGGAACCGACUGGAUCUCCAAGGAUCCUACGCUCUGGAAAACCCUAAAUCAACAAAUCUGCGCAGUAAGUUCCGAUGUUGGAUCAGCAUGCGACUACCUGGACAACACCCGCGAACAACUGAAGUCAAAUUUGGAAAAGGAAUUCAACAAUGUUUUCCAACCAGGGCUCGGUAAAUGUACCAAAACUAAAGCUUCUAUUCUGCUGAAACCAGGGGCACAACCAGUGUUCCGUAAAGCACGACCAGUCCCAUUCGCAGCAUUGACCACAGUAUCAGAGGAGUUGGAACGUCUACAGCAGUCAGGUGUUAUCUCUCCAGUGGAUCAUUCGGAAUGGGCAGCGCCGAUAGUUCUUGUCAAAAAGAAGAAUGGAUCGAUUCGGAUGUGCUCAGAUUUCUCUACCGGGCUCAACGAUUCAAUCCAACAGCAUCAGCAUCCCUUGCCAACUGCAGACGACAUAUUCGCUACUUUAAACGGUGGGAAGUAUUUUUCUCAAAUAGAUUUGGCCGAAGCCUAUUUACAGAUUGAAAUCGACGACCAAGCCAAACAGAUGCUCUGUAUCAAUACACAUCGAGGCUUGUUCAGCUACAAUCGACUGCCAUUCGGGGUCAAAUCUGCUCCAGGAUGUUUUCAACAAGUCAUGGAUGCAAUGAUCACUGGACUGGACGGAGCCGCGGUCUACCUUGAUGACAUCAUCAUAACCGGGUCGACAAUCGAAGAGCACAAUUCACGACUGAAAUCAGUGUUCAAGCGAAUCGACGACUAUGGAUUCCGCGUAAGACUGGAAAAAUGCACAUUCCUAAUGCCGAGAAUCACAUUCCUCGGAUUCUGCAUCGACAAAGAUGGCAGACGACCGGAUCCCGAAAAGGUGACUGCGAUUCAGCAGAUGCCUGAACCGAAAAACGACAGUCAAGUCCGCUCAUUUCUAGGACUCAUACAGUUCUAUGGCACCUUCAUUAAGGAAUUAUUCAAAUUCCGUCCACCACUGGAUGCAUUAACUAAGAAGGAUGCUGAAUUCAAAUGGACUUCUGAAUGCCAAUCAUCGUUUGACAACAUUAAACAAAUGCUCCAAUCGGAUCUUCUUCUCACACACUACGAUCCGAAACUGCCAAUAAUAGUCGCUGCCGACGCUUGUCAAUAUGGGAUCGGAGCAGUGAUCUCUCAUCGUUUUCCAGAUGGGUCUGAAAAAGCCAUAUACCACAUCAGUAAGGCUCUCACUGCACCACAGCGCAACUACAGUCAAAUCGAAAAAGAAGUAUUUGGACUCAUCACGGCCGUCACGAAGUUCCACAAGUUUAUUCAUGGUCGACAUUUCACACUGAAAACGGACCACAAGCCGCUCCUUUCGAUCUUCGGAGAGAAAAAAGGUAUUCCUAUUUACAGUGCAAAUAGACUCCAACGUUGGGCCACAAUCUUGUAA